UUCUCACCUACGUUGCCUUCCCACAUAGGGGCCAUAGCGUCUUUUCAAAGGUGCAGAAUACACUUUGAAGAAGCGUCGUCGGGAAACCCCACGAACAGCGAUCCCGAACCCCGAGAGAAUUGGACACUUUUCAUCUCGCAGCCUGAUUGCAGGUGCAUAGGCCACGAUACCGCGACGAAAAGAGGUGAGUCAUUGAGAGUGACACGUCUGAUCCGGCCACUGAAGGGGCCUGGAGGGUAGCCGAAUCUCCCCGGGAGAGUCGCUAAGAUGGUAGUGGCUCAGUAUCAUUCCUUCCGGUUUAAUUAGAUGUGUUACACAAAAUGAUGGACUGCCUUUAUGAGCACGCCACGCAUAUAUCGUCGUUGAUGGCGCGCAAUAGUAAGGAUCGAUUGCUUUUCAAACCGGAUGAUGUCUUCGGGCUGGGCAGAACGAACAGCCUAUGGCUGUGCUUCCCGAAACGUGGGAGGGCGGCUUCUUGCAUGCAAAUGCAACCCCAUACGUACAAGUACUGUCAUUCCGUGCGCCAACAGCGAACAGUGGCCGCGACUUGUGAUUGAGACCAUGCCUACUAGGGUUAUCAGGCUGCGAGCCGUUUGUCUUUCAGUAAAGUGUUAAGAAUGGGCUCUCUUUUGAUUUUGGCAUCAUCAUCGCCGUUAUUCUAAUUAUUGCAGUAUUUCAUGUAACUAGACGGAGAAUGGAAGUCCUUGCAAGUCUUGCUGGCAUUAUAACUGCGGGAGCCUCGUUAUCACAGGCAGUUUUCGACAUGGUCUUUACAGUGCGAAAUGCCCCCAAAGAGAUGUCAAAUAUUGCUAAGGGCAUCUCAGAGUUGUCCAUUAUUUUAGAGGAACUCCGUCAAAUCAUAGAAGAUGGUAGAGAAAGAUAUAGCCGAAGGCUUAUCAGAGUCUUGAAAUCGACAAUGAAGCGAAUCAGCAAAGUCCAUGCUGAAAUUGGGGAAGUCCUGAAAGAACGGAUAGGAGCUGCGGCUCAACUAAAAUGGAUAUGGAUGAGGUCAAAAGCAACACAGCUACUUUCCGAGAUUGAAAGCCAUAAGAUUGGCAUAAUGUUGAUGCUUACCGUUAUGAAAUUAGCGGCCGAAAAAAAGCAAUCGAACCGAAGCGAGUUACGGCGAAGGUACGAGGACCACGCAAGAGAUCAAGAAACCCAGGAUAGACUGGCGCGUGCUCGGCAGCAGACAGAAAAUGUAGUGCGAGCAUCGUACAACUCUCUGCGGGAACUUGCAACUCCAGGCACGGAUUCGGAUUCGGGCUCAGAAGACGAAGCUCGUCAACAACACAGCAGCUCUCGAAGUACAGAAAUUGAACUUCAAGCGGAACAGUCGAAUGAUCUUGGCCUAUGGUUAUACGGCUUGGUGUUCUCCAAGGCAGCAGAUGCCUAUAAUGAGACACCCCCGGGUUCUGUCCAGUACCAACAAGACCUAAAUACGCCACUUUCCCCAGAACCGGUAACAAAUUCCCCUACUCACAGCACGCAUAGCGCACUUAUCCCACAUCAAUUCACCGUCUCGCAAUGUUUUCAAGCCCUAGCUCAGCAACCCCUUCCACCCUCAUUCGUAGUAAAUGAGCUUCUUUCCGAGUGGACAACCCUCACCGAGGACGAGAUCGAAGGUACAAGCGCAAACGGGACUAGCAAUGACGAAACUUCAAAAGAAAGAAAGCAUUAUACCGAAGGUGAAAUGGAAGUACAGAUGAUUUCCUUCAAAGAUUGCGUGGGGCGUAAAUUCGACCUUCCUUUCCAUUUGGCCAGAACAUGGCAGAGUAUGACAGAACUGAUAAAGUCGGCGUUUCUUCAUGUGGACGUGGUUGGCCCGCACGUCCAGGCAGGACAUUAUGACCUCAUCGGCCCCGAAGGAAAGAUCAUAUUGCCGCAAGUUUGGAAAUAUGUGAUCCAACCCAACAUAGCCAUCUCGAUGCAGAUGUGGCCGAUGGACCGUCCCCAUCAGCUAUCACCUGGCAGUUUGCCUCACACAGUAAAGCGUAACGAUAAAAACGCGUCCAAUAAGAAUGUACGUACCGCUUUUUAUUAUAAAGCACUUAAUCUGCCGGGUAUGUCCUAAUAUUCUCAAGCAUUCCCCAAAUGGCGACAAAAAUUCCAAGUCUUCUCCCGCAGAGCAGCGACGCGAUAGCGCAUAACCUUGGAAAGCCGAGGGCGCCAGACCGUAAAUACUGCUAUUUAGAUCGAUCUCUAUGUAUCUGUAUUCCUACAGUGGGAGAAUGUUCUUCUUCUUAAUAAGAGACUUAUUACCAGUACAAUAGUACCAGACUGCAAAGGUAACUACCGUCAGGAUGACAGUCACUGCAGCAUAUAUCCAAAUAUAAGGCGACA